AUUUGUAAUACGGGAUGGUGAUAUGUUCCAGAAUUAUUUCGUAUAAUUACAAAAAUACAGAUAACCUCUAUGACACAGCCUUGAAACGCAGAAAAUGAUUUCUCGUCCUCGAAUGUGGUUUCUGCCAUCAUUACAUUUUCCUUGGACGUCAGAAACCAAUUUGUCGAAGGCCAAUAAGGAUGUAACUUUCUGUAUAACGUGUAAAUAACGUAGGUGUUUAUUACACACACGAGAACAAGUAGAGAGAAUUAUGGUGGCAAGUUUAAGUUGCUUACAAAGGCCUGGUUAUCGAGCAGUGUGGCAAAGAAGAGUGUUUAUUCAGUCCUUUAAAACAUCCGCUGAAUUAAAAGAUCGUCGAGUGGUAGUGACUGGUUUGGGAGUUAUAUCACCAGUUGGUUGCACUGUGCACAAAGCAUGGAGUACAAUAUUAGGAGGAGGUUGUGGCAUUGUACAACUUGAAGAUGAACGCUACAAUAAUUUACCGUGUCAGGUGGCUGGACUUAUCCAAGAAGGAAAAGAUGCUCAAAAAUUUGAUCUUACCAGUCACUUUUCAAAAAGUGAACUUCGAUCAAUGGCUCCAGCUACAGCUUAUGCUAUCAUUGCAGCACAGGAAGCAUUACAAGAUGCCAGAUGGUUUCCUGAAGAAGAGAAGUUGAAGCAGAUGACUGGAGUAGCUGUUGGGAUGGGUAUGAUAGAUCUAGUAGAUGUAUGUGAAACUGCUGAAGCAUUAAAAAAAGGAUACAACCGAGUGAGUCCUUUCUUUGUACCUCGUAUUUUGCCCAACAUGGCUGCAGGACAGAUCAGCAUCAAGUAUGGCUUCCGAGGUCCAAAUCAUACUGUAUCCACUGCUUGUGCUACUGGAGCUCAUGCAGUAGGUGAUGCAUUCAGAUUUGUGCAACGCGGAGAUGCAGAUGUGAUGAUAUGCGGAGGUGCAGAGGCAUGCAUCUGUCCUCUCUCUAUAGCAGGGUUUUGUAGACUCCGAGCACUGAGUACUUCCUACAACAAAACACCCGAGAAAGCAUCAAGACCGUUCGAUAAAGGCCGUGAUGGGUUUGUAAUGGGGGAAGGAUCAGCCAUGUUAGUACUAGAAGAACUUCACCAUGCCUUGUCAAGAGGUGCCAAUAUUUAUGCUGAAAUACUGGGGUAUGGAUUAUCUGGAGAUGCAUACCAUUUGACAGCUCCAAAGGAAGAUGGGACUGGAGCUAUUCUUGCUAUGAGUAGAGCUUUAAAAGAUGCCAAACUCCACCCUCAUGACAUUGGCUAUAUCAAUGCACACGCUACUUCAACUCCAGUAGGUGAUGCAAUAGAAUCAACAGCCAUCAAGACAUUGUUUGGAACACAUUGCAAUAAGUUAGCAGUUUCCUCUACAAAAGGUGCUCAUGGACAUUUAUUGGGUGCAGCUGGCAAUCUGGAGGCAGUGUUCACAGUCAUGGCAUGCCACACAGCAUGGCUUCCACCUACAAUUAAUUUGGAUAACCCUGAAGAAUCAAUGAAUUUGAACUAUGUGCCUAAUAAGAAACAGGAAUGGUUCGGGGGAAUUAAGAGGUUUGCACUUAAAAACGCAUUUGGAUUUGGUGGAACAAAUGCAUCUAUUUGUAUAGCAGAAUACAGGGAAAAAUAAUUUUAAUUAUAUAUAUUAUUUACGUAUAGUAUUAUUUUCAUUUGUACCUUCACCAUUUUCAGGCUAGGAUCAUAACAUCACCAUGUAACACAAAUGUUACAACUCUGUUUUUUUCACAUUAUACAGUAAUGUAACUAUAUAACCAACUUGAACAAAUUUACGUCAAGUUUUAAUUUACAUGCUGUGAGAGGGGCCAUUUUUAUUCUGACAACUUCUGGAAUCAGGCUACUACUAUAUUAUAUCUAUACAUCAUUCAUAGGUUGAUGACCACUGUACAUUUGAUCCAUAAAUUCAAAUUGUUUUGAUCAUUUCAGAGUCGUUCACCAUUCUCAACUUUCCAUACAUGAAAGGAAUCAAAACAAACUCAAAAUUGUUGUUCUCCUGCAUGCAAACAAAACCUGGCUAAAUAUAUUCCACCAUAAACAUUUCCUGUUUUGCUAAUAACCUAUGCAUAACGAUUACCUACAGGACUCUAUGUAAUUAAUAACAAUUUGGAAUGCAAGUAAGAGUUUUACUGUUCAAUAACAAGAAAUAAUAAUUAAACCAUUCUCUCACCAAAAUUGCAAGUCUUUGGAAUUUCCAGAUCAAUACAAAAGUCAACACACUGUACAUUACAAAAUGAAACUCAAAAUAUACACUUUUAGAAUAAAGAACA